AACAUAAAAGAGUACCAUUGGUAUUAUCUUCUACUAGUGGCAGUAGUAGUAGUACCGAUACUGAUGACGGUUCGGAAAGCGGUUCUGAUAACGAAAUGUGGAGUGCAUUUCGGGCAUAUGUUUUAUUCGCUGUGGAAGAUCUAAGCGAACAAGACCAGCUGGAUCCAAAGAAAAAAUGGAAAGAAAUUAGAGAAUA